AUGUAUACUAUCCACCGACACCUAGACCUCGGGCUUCCAGACCACCUAAUGUUUUGGGCUGCCUGCUGCCUCGCCUACUUUGGCUUUCUGAGAGCAUCUGAGUUUACGGUAGACUCGUUGAACAGCUUCUCGUCACAGCGACACGUACAGCCUCAGGACAUCACCUUAGAUUCCAUGUCGGCUCCCAAGUACAUACGUGUCAACAUCAAGGCCUCUAAGACUGACCCCUUUCGCAAAGGAACCUUCAUCUAUAUUGGUAAAGCCAGACCUCCCCUGUGUGCGGUUGAGGCCAUCCUAGCUUACUUGCACUUGAGAGGAAGUACACCGGGCCCUCUCUUUUUGUUGCAUUCGGGUCAGCCCUUGUCUCGGCCUAUCCUGACGUCUUGGUUGCGACAGAUCAUGCGAGCAGCAGGUUUCGCCAGUGAUUACUCCAGCCACAGCUUCCGUAUUGGUGCCGCCACCGUGGCGGCUAGGAAUGGGCUCUCAGAUCAUCUGAUCCAAUCUCUUGUCCGUUGGUCUAGUGACGCGUAUAAGGGCUACAUCCGUACCCCCGUAGAGGCGUUAGCAGCCGCUUCUGCUGAACAGAUACCUCCUGUUCAUUCUGUGGUUGGUGCUUGGUUUUGUUGGGGUCAGAAGGUCCCAUGGUAG